CGGCGCGGUUGGCGCGGGAGCAGCGGCCCGGGCGGCGGCGGGAUGGGGCUGCUGCUCAUGAUCCUGGCGUCGGCCGUGCUGGGCUCCUUCCUUACGCUGCUCGCCCAGUUCCUGCUGCUCUACCGCAGGCCGCCCGAGCCGCCGCCGGACGAGGCCGCGCGCGCGCGCGAUGGCUUCCGCUACAUCAAGCCGGUGCCGGGCCUGCCGCUCCGCGAGUACCUCUAUGGCGGCGGCGGCGCGGACGAGCCCCCGGCCGGGCCCCCCGAGGGCGGAGGCGGCGGCGCGACCCCGGCGCCCGAUCCCCCCGCCCCGCCGACGCGGGAGACCUGCUACUUCCUCAACGCCGCCAUCCUGUUCCUGUUCCGCGAGCUGCGGGACACGGCGCUGGCCCGCCGCUGGGUCACCAAGAAGAUCAAGGUGGAGUUCGAGGAGCUGCUGCAGACCAAGACGGCCGGCCGGCUGCUCGAGGGGCUGAGCCUGCGCGACGUGUUCCUGGGCGAGACGGUGCCCUUCGUCAAGACCAUCCGGCUGCUGCGGCCCGUCGUGCCCUCGGCCACCGGCGAGCCCGACGGCGCCGACGGCGACGCGCUGCCCGCCGCCUCGCCCGAGGAGCUGGCCUUCGAGGCCGAGGUGGAGUACCACGGCGGCUUCCACCUGGCCAUCGACGUGGACCUGGUGUUCGGCAAGUCCGCCUACCUGUUCGUCAAGCUGUCGCGCGUGGUGGGCCGGCUGCGCUUGGUGCUCACGCGCGUGCCCUUCACCCACUGGUUCUUCUCGUUCGUGGAGGACCCGCUCAUCGACUUCGAGGUGCGCUCGCAGUUCGAGGGGCGGCCCAUGCCGCAGCUCACGUCCAUCAUCGUCAACCAGCUCAAGAAGAUCAUCAAGCGCAAGCACACGCUGCCCAGCUACAAGAUCAGGUUUAAGCCAUUUUUUCCAUUCCAAACCUUGCAAGGAUUUGAAGAGGAUGAGGACGAGUACAUCCACAUCCAGCAGUGGGCGCUUACUGAAGGUCGUCUUAAAGUGACGUUGUUAGAGUGUAGCAGGUUACUCAUUUUUGGAUCCUAUGACAGAGAAGCAAAUAUUCAUUGCACACUUGAAUUAAGCAGUGGUGUUUGGGAAGAAAAACAAAGGAGUUCUAUUAAGACGGUUGAGUUAAUAAAGGGGAAUUUACAGAGUGUUGGGCUGACACUUCGUCUUGUCCAGUCGACUGACGGGUAUGCCGGGCAUGUCAUUAUUGAAACUGUGGCCCCAAACUCUCCUGCCGCAAUUGCAGAUCUUCAGCGGGGAGACCGGCUCAUAGCUAUUGGAGGUGUGAAAAUCACAUCUACACUACAGGUGCUGAAGCUUAUCAAGCAGGCUGGUGACCGCGUCCUGGUGUAUUAUGAACGACCUGUGGGCCAGGGUAGUCAAGGUGCCGUGCUGCCAGAGAAUUUGGGACAGUUGGAGGAAAACUUUCUGUCAGGUUCAUGCCAACCAAAUUUUGACGAGGAAACAGCCAGCUUGGCAGCAGAUGCUGAAAAUCGAGAUCUGGAUUCUGAAUUUGAAGACUUGGCAAGUGAUGUCAGAGCCCAGAAUGAGAUCAAAGAUGAGACACAGUCAGCGAGCCACAGUCCCAAACGUACUCCAACAACACUUUCUGUUAAACCCCUCGGAACAGUAUCCCCAGUUUUAAACCGUAAAUUAGUUGUAGGAAGUCACCCACCGCCACCAAAACUUGUCUGCAAAGAAGGAAAUAAACCCUUAGCCCUAAAAACUGCUGAGACAUCAGACCCAGCGCAAGUGUCAAAACCCACCCAAGGAUCUGCUUUCAAACCACCUGUGCCGCCACGCCCCCAGGUGAAAGUCCCUGUACCUGCUGCUGCUGACACCCCAAGUCAGGUAGAACCAGAGGCUCCGGUGGAGAAGCCGGAGAAGGUGGUGCCGCCUCCGCCACCGCCUCCUGCGGAGAAAGUGGCUGAGAAGCAAGUGAAAAGCGUAGAUCAGGUAGAAGACACAGCUGCACCAAAGCCGACUGCAGUAAAGCAAGAAGCGGCUAAAGAUUUGACUGCUGAAAGCUCCUGCCCUGCUAAGGACAGUUCCGAGGACCCGCAGAUGUGGGAAUCGUCCGAAAUCCCUUAUCGAAAUAAGCUCGGCAAGUGGACAAGAAGCAGAGCCACCUGUGUGUUUGACAUUGAAGCCUGCCAUAGGUACUUAAACAUCGCACUGUGGUGCAGGGAUCCUUUCAAGUUGGGGGGCCUCAUCUGUUUGGGGCACGUUAGUUUAAAACUUGAAGAGGUGGCACUGGGAUGCCUAGCCACGUCAAAUAUGGAGUACCUUUCAAAAUUCAGGCUGGAAGCCCCAUCACCCAAGGCCAUGGUCACUAGAACUGCACUGCGCAACCUGAGUGUGCAAAAGGGUUUCAAUGACAAAUUUUGCUUUGGUGACAUUACUCUUCACUUCAAAUACUUGAAAGAAGGAGAACCAGAUCACCACAUAGUUACUAACUUUGAGAAAGAAAAAGAACUCCAUUUAGUCGAAGACGUUUCUGCCCUGCCCAAAGAGGAGCACUUGGUCAGUCAGGUGGGUUUAACGGAAAAUAAGCAUAGUUUCCAGGACACUCAAUUCCAGAACCCGACGUGGUGCGAUUACUGUAAGAAGAAAGUCUGGACUAAAGCUGCUUCCCAGUGUAUGUUCUGUGCCUAUGUUUGCCAUAAAAAAUGUCAGGAGAAGUGUCUAACCGAGACUCCUCUUUGUGGAGCAACUGACAGGCAGAUGGAACGGGCCCUGAAAAGCCUCCGGCUGGAAGGACAGGACACCCUCUUGGGCUUGCCACCCCGCGUCGAUGCCGACACCAGCAAGUCAGUCAAUAAGACGACAGGUCUGACCAGGCACAUUAUCAACACGAGCUCACGUUUGUUAAAUUUGCGGCAAGUCUCUAAAACACGCCUUGCUGAGCCAGGGACUGACCUAGUAGAACCGUCACCAAAACACACACCUAACACAUCAGACAAUGAAGGCAGCGACACAGAGGUUUGUGGUCCAAACAGUCCUUCCAAACGGGGCCAUAGCGCUGGGAUAAAGUUAGUAAGAAAGGAGGGAGGUCUGGAUGACAGUGUUUUCAUUGCUGUUAAAGAAAUCGGGCGUGAUCUCUAUCGGGGCUUGCCUACGGAGGAGAGGAUCCAGAAACUAGAGUUCAUGUUGGAUAAACUGCAAACUGAAAUCGAUCAGGAGUUGGAACAUAAUAAUUCCCUCAUUAGAGAAGAGAAAGAAACAACUGAUGCAAGAAAAAAAUCCCUUCUUUCUGCCGCAUUGGCGAAAUCAGGUGAGAGGCUGCAGGCCCUUACACUUCUGAUGAUUCACUACAGAGCGGGUAUUGAAGACAUCGAAUCUCUAGAAAGUUUGUCUUUAGACCAGCACUCCAAAAAAAUAAGCAAGUACACAGAUGAUACAGAAGAGGACCUUGACAGUGAAAUAAGCCAACUCAUAGACUCUCAGCCAUUCAGCAGCAUAUCUGAUGACUUGUUUGGCCCAUCUGAAUCUUUGUAACAGGCAGUGUGUUUAAAGCUUUGGAGUGAUAUGGGGAAGUUGCAUCUGCAAUACCUCAGAUGCAGCCGUGUUGAAACCCCGUUAGGGUCUGCUUUGACCUGCUGCUCCAUAGUUGCUCAUGUAAAGACGAGAGAGGUGGUUUUUCAUCAGAAAACAUGACCAGGUCAC